AUGCUGAGAUGCAUAAUCCUGGUCCUGCAGGUGCAGAUUGCGGCCUUGAGGCAGUACGAGGCGGAGUUUGACAAGCGGGUCACCUCCAUGCUGGACGAGAGAGACGAGGCCUUGGCUGCCUCCACCCGGGACAAGGAAGCAAUCCUGCUGAAGGUCAAGGAGCUGCAGGAGGAGCUCGCGCUGGCACGGCGAAGCACCCCUGGCGAGGCAUCUGAUGCUGCCGAGUUGGCGCUGAUGCUCAAGGAACGACAGCUGGAAAUCGAAGACCUCCUGGAUCGCAACGAGGAGCUAGAACAAGAUCUGGCCAAAGCACGGGAGGAGCUCCAGCGUGCCCCUCGACAUGCCCCUGCCAGCACCGGCACUCAGUUGUCUGGCGGCUUGGACCAAACUUCACAGGACCAGUACGAGGAGCGGCUCCGCCACUUCAAGGCCGACGCGCUGGAGAAGGAUGCGCGCUUGCUGGACGCGGAGAAGAAGCUGGAACAGCUGGCGAGGAGCCUUGGUGCAGAGGGCGUGGUUGCGGAGAACCGGGAGCUCGCUCGCCAAAACUCGGAGAUGAAGCGCCAGGUCGGCGAGGCCAAGCGCGACCUUGCUGUCUACCUCUCGGAGGCAGCUAACAUCGUGUACGAGAAUGACCUCCUCCGUAGUAUCGCCAACGUGAAGCCCGAGCAGCUCAAGCUGAAGGACUUCAAGCUGAAGGACAAAGUGACCUCAGCCAAAGCAGUUGCUGCUGUCAAGCAGAUGGAGAAGGAGGUGGCCGAACUGGAAGCCGAGCGUGGGAAGCUGAAGGCUCGCCUGCGGCAGCUAUCCGAGCUCGCAGCAGAGAAAGUUUCCCUCCUGCACAACCUGCAACCCGAGCAGAUGCUGCAGUUGGAGGAGAUUGCAGCCCGUAUGCGGAACGGAAAGUUGGAGCUGCCAUUGGACGACCAGAGCCGACAGCUCAAAGAGGAGCGGGACGAGCUUUCCAAGCGGCUGGCCAUGAAAGACAGGGAGGUGGCCGAGCACGUAGACAGGAAGGUGGAGGAGGUCCUCAAAAAGCAGGGAAACACCAAGGACCUUGAGGCAAAGGUGGCAGCCCUGGAGAAGGACAAGGACAUGCUCCAGUCAUCCCUAGAGGCCUACAAGGCAGGAUAUGCUGAUCUCGUCGCGCUCCAGGGCCCCCAAGCUUUGGAGCAGCUGGUGGGUCGGUUGCCAGGUUCCGUCCGGCCGCCGCUGCCGCCAGGUGCUGCGGGGCCUGGGCGGCCACUACCGCCUGGGGUAGCCCCGCCUCUGCCACCUGGCCAAGGUCUGGGUGCGCCAGCUGUCCUGCCCAAGAUCCCCGGGAUGCAGCCGAUGGUCUGGUCCUCGCUGCUGCAGGCCGCACUUCAAUUGCCGGGAGAGCUGGCCGAUGGCUCGCAGGAGACGGUCUGCUCACUCUAUUGCCAGGUGGUGGAAGCUUUGGAGGAGCUCUCGCGAGAGCGCUCCGUGCGCGAGGGGCUCGCUGAGGAGGUCUCGGUUUUCCAACAAAGGUUUGAUCGCCUCCUUGCAGAGCAGGAGGUGCUGUACAAGGAUUACUUCGCACAGCGAGAAGAGUGGCUGGCAGCAACCCGGAGCCUCGAGGAGCGCUUGCGGCUUCAGGGAGACCUGCUGACAGACAGCCAGAGGAAGUGUGAGAUCCAAGAGGACCAGAUUCGAACCUGGCAGCGCCUCGAAAGCGGGGCUGCGCCGGAACUGCGCGAGGAGCUCGUCUCUGCUAUGGGCCGCAUUGCAGCGCUGGAGCAGAAUGAGAGUGCUGCCUGGCCAAACAGAGCCAAGUAA